AUGCGGCCGCUCGAAUCGUGCCUCUCGGCCAACGCCUUCCUGCACGUGCCCUCGUCGUCGUCGUCGUUGUCGUCGGUGAGGAAAUUGAGGCGGACACUCGUCUUCUUCGUCCCGGGGAAUCCGGGGCUGAUUGGAUAUUAUCAUCCGUUUUUGGCCCUCGUUGCGCGGGGGUUGCGAGGAGGGGUGGAGCGUGGACGUGGACGUGAGCGUGGACAUGCAGACGAGCACGGACCGGGAGAAGGGGCUGUGAACGAGGAAGACGAGUACGAUGGGAGCGGUGAGAGGUGUGCGCAGGCGGUGGUGGCAGGGUUCAGUCUCGGUGGGUUCGAGGUGGAUGAGGAGGAGACUGCUCCUCAGAGAGGACAGAAGAAUAGUCAGGUACGAGAGGCGACGGAGAACGAGAAGGACAAAAGGGACGAGGAUGACGACAACGACAACAACGGGAUACCUGCUGCCGGCCCUCGCAGGUCGACGACAGAGGACAGGGAACUGCUCUACCCGCCCACAUUCCCGUGUCCAUCUCACCGUGCCCAGCAGCAACAGCAACAGGAGAAAGAUAAGAAGAAAGCGAACAGCGAGGAGGCAAACGGGACAGCAGCAGAGGAACAACAGCAACAACACACGAUCUACACGCUCCGCGAACAGAUCGAGCUGAGUUACGCCCGGGUGGAAUACCUGGUCCAGCGAUUGUCCGCCGCAAACAUUACUAUCUCGUCGGAGCCACCGGAGCCAGUCGUCGUCCACGUCGUCCUCGUGGGCCACAGCGUCGGGGCGUACAUUGCGCUGGAACUCGUGAGGCUGUGGCACGAACGGCAUCACCACCACCACCACCACCACCAGCUGGCCGCCCCCUCCUCACACACCGCCGCAGAUUCCGCUGGGAGGGACGGGGACUCCUCCGAGACCAGAACCCCUUCGUCGUCAAGCCGCCCGAGCCCGAGCCCGAGCUGGUCGGUGUCGACGUGCAUCCUCCUGACCCCGACGAUCCAAGACAUCCACCUCUCUCCCUCGGGCCGCCUGGCCACUCCGGCCCUUAGCUACCUCAGCUUCCUCCCGGGGCUGGCACACAUGCUUCUGCACACGGUGCUCCUUCGAGUCCUCCCGCCGGCGUGGUUCUCCGCGCUGGUCGCGCGUCUCACGGGGAUGCACCCGGGGAGUCACGGCUUCGAGGCCACGAUGGCAUUCUUGAAGAGUCGGCGGGGCGUCAAACAGGCCCUGUUCAUGGCGAGGGCGGAGAUGCAGGAGAUCAGAAGCGAUGCCUGGGGACGCGAGGUCUGGGGCGCGAGCCACGGCGAUGGGACGACCGGUGUAGAGGGUGAACGGGGAACGAGCACAAGAAGCAGUAGUCCCAGGUUGUUUUUCUGGUUUGCAAAGAAAGACCACUGGAUCGCUGACGUGACGAAGGAAGCAAUUUUCAGAAGCAAAGCUGGUGAUAUUGGUGUGCUGAGGGACUCCCUUGCCCGGCCUCGACCGAACCUGGAGUCUGAAGAGACGAAAGAAGUGGUAACCGUGGAAGAUCAGACGAGCGGCAGGGCGACGACCACAACAAGAGCAGCAAAAAUCCACAUACUGGAAACAGAAGCUAUGGUCCAUGCAUGGUGUUUGAACCAGAGCGAGUUUGUGGCAAGACGAGUGAGCCGCUGGCUGAGGGAUGUCCUGGAUGAAGACAACAGCCUCCAAGAUACAACAGUAUGUGCCCUUUAG